AUUGCUCGAGCAUUAGCAUGUGCUGCUUCAAAAGCUGGACAGAAAGUUAGCUUUUAUAUGCGAAAGGGUGCUGAUGUUCUUAGCAAGUGGGUUGGUGAGGCUGAGAGACAACUAAAGCUACUCUUUGAGGAGGCUCAGCGAAAUCAGCCUUCCAUAAUCUUUUUUGAUGAAAUUGAUGGUCUUGCUCCUGUAAGAUCUAGCAAACAAGAACAAAUACAUAAUUCUAUUGUUUCAACUUUGCUGGCGCUGAUGGAUGGCCUUGAUUCUCGUGGUCAAGUUGUUCUCAUUGGAGCAACAAACAGGGUAGAUGCAAUAGAUGGAGCGCUACGCCGCCCUGGCAGAUUCGAUAGGGAGUUCAAUUUUUCUUUACCAGGCUGCGAAGCUCGAGCAGAGAUAUUGGAUAUUCACACUCGUAAAUGGAAGGAUCCACCUACCAGGGAGCUUAAAGAAGAGCUGGCAGCUACUUGUGUAGGAUAUUGUGGUGCUGAUCUAAAAGCUUUGUGCACUGAAGCUGCCAUUCGUGCUUUUCGUGAAAAAUAUCCACAAGUUUAUACAAGUGAUGAUAAAUUUGCCAUAGAUGUUGGGUUGGUUAAGGUUGAGAAGAGCCACUUUGUAGAGGCAAUGUCAGCUAUUACUCCUGCUGCCCAUAGAGGGUCUGUUGUGCAAUCCAGACCACUCUCUCCGGUUGUAUUGCCAUGUUUACAUCGACACCUCCUUGAAUCCAUGAGCUUAAUAUCAGAUAUUUUUCCCUCAUCAGCCACGUC